AUGACGAAACAUGUGCCCAAAUAUACGUCAAUCGAUUUAACGUAUGAUAUUUUGGGCAAGGCAGCAUUUGUGGACGACAUGAGUGUUGUCAUAGUCAAUACAGUUGUUACACCGAGAGCCACUCGAGCCGGCGUUGCAUUUCGAUUGAGCCAAAACGAUACCCACGAUAUGAUUACAAUUAAUCCAGAUGGAAUAUAA